GAACUGUGUCGCCCGCGUUCGCGCCCCGCGCCGAAUCAGUGUGUUCCGUUCCGGUCGACUUCGACAGUGCGCGCGUUUGUGUGUUCAGUGCGGCGGUGCUGAAGCAAAAUGGGCCAUCUUGAGAGCGACGCAGUGAUCCUUUUCCAGACGAUGAUACUGUUGUGUAUCGAGGUUUCGUUGAUGAGAAGAUAGACAUCGGAACCAGUGAACUUGACUGAAUAUUUUCUCACAAGUACGGAGUGUGGGAGCCCGGGACUUUCACCUGCAGAGAACGACUUUUGCUGUUUCCCACAUCACCAUUUCUCCUCCGCGUCCUUGAAGACCUCUUUUCAAGAACAGCUGGACGGAAUAUCGACCCUCCUGAAGAGGUUCACUUUUCUCUUUCCUUUCGUAGUUUUCGAAAGCGCUGGCUUCGCCGUGACCUGCACCUGAAGAAAAUUUUGCAAAAUUUCUUCAGCAUUCGAGAAAGAUUUUGCGACUAUUUCGUGUUCGCAGCUUACUGCAAUUGGGGCACUUAAGUUGAGUGUGUUCCCCAGUCUGCGGAACUGUUGAAAAGAUUUCCCAAGACAGAGGAGACUUUUUUCUGAGUGUAUACGGACACACAAUGUAAUGUUGGCACUGUAGUAACCUGUGUUAUUUUGACGAUCAGUUUUCUGGCCGAUGUACGCUGCACGUCGGCGUUUGCAACAAACAGAAGUGGCGUUAAUAUCCCCUCUCCAGAGAUGUUACUGAAGUAAUACGUACAAGAUCAUCUUUGUUAUUAGAAAUGUCAGGGAAGUCUGUCUUCAUUGCAGUGGUGUUUUAUGGUACAACUAUGGGCAUAGUGCCUUUCCAUUUCUAAGUAAAAUGAGGGGAAAUUUUGGUGUCCAGCGACAUCAAUGCAAGGUAAUGUCUCUAUGCUGUCCAGAGAUAUUAGUGCUGUGUCAGUCUUCAGCCAGCUGAGAUUGGAGUUUACUUGUAGCAUGGAGAUCCUGUGCUCAGAAAAGAUCACUUGCAGUGUAUAGGUCCUGUGCUCAGAAAAGAUCAGUGAUCUCAACUGUGGUGCAGUGUAGCUGUCCAGCGAUAUUAAUGCAACUUAAUGUCUCUAUGCUGUCCAGAGAUAUUAGUGCAGUGUCAGUCUUCAGCCAGCUGAGAUUUGAGUGUACUUGUAGUGUGGAGGUCCUGUGCUGAGAAAAGACGAGUCAUUUCAACUGUCUUGCAGGGAACACAAAUAAUGGUUAGUUAGUAGCAUGAGAAGAGGUAUUAUUGAAGAAUGCUUCAUCCACAGAUAUUAGCUGUGUUCUCUUCUGUUGCUAUCUACAAGACCUAGUAGUAUGUCUGAGAGAUGUUAAGGUCGUGGGAUAUUGACAAGGUCCUGUUAUACUGAUUACACAGAGACAGGGUGCACCAGAGAUAUUACUGAUCCAGAGAUAGUAGCUAUGUGCGCUUCAGCAGCACACAGACACUGCUGGAGUAGCACCAGAGAUAUUACUGCUACAGUUUGUAGAAACACCGUUUCUGUUAUGAGAGAUGUCAGCGAAGAUCAUUGAAGGGAUGUUCCACCGCAGAGCUAUUGCUGAAGCGAUUUCCUAUAUCCCGCGGAAGUAAGAGAAAUUUUGGAGCCAGAGAUAUUAGUGGAAUGUGGUAACACUGGAUGAGAGAGUGAAGUGUCCGUUUACUUGUUGCGGGGACACGUGUUUGCGAGUUGGGGAGGCGCGUCGCAGCUGACUUGGAGUGGUUCCAGCGGUGCGUGAGCAGAGGCAUCGUCGAAGCGUGUGUCAUCAGGGAGUGUAGCGUGGUGUGGCGCGCUGUCAGCGGGCAGAGAUAAACGUGACGAGCGGCAGCGUGUGGUAACGCAGCGGGUGUGUUUCCCCGUGCUGUGGUGAGCGGGUCAGACGGCGCUGAAAUGCGACGGAGGUCCGCCAGCGCCGCGACGCUGGUGAUCGUCGUGGGGGCGGACGUCGACUCCAGGCUCCUGCUGCGGGGGCGGCGCCGCUCCAGCGCGCGCUCCAGCGACAAGUUCCGGGCGCCCGCCGAGGAGAAGGGCCAGUCGGGUUUCGAGGAACUCCGACGCUACAUCAAACAGGGUGGCGAUUUCUGCAAGGAGUUGAGCUCCAUUCUCCAGGAGAGGUGCGAGGCGGAGACUGCGUACGCCAAGGCGCUGGGCAAGCUGUCCGGCAAGCUGGCCAGGGCGUCGAGGGACGUGGUGGGGACCGUCGGCACGGCGUGGCAGGCGGCAGGGCUGCAGAUGCAGCAGCAGGCAGAGGCGCACAGGGCGCUGGCGGCGUCUCUGGGUGAGGAGGUGGUCAAGCCGCUGCGGCAGCUGAGCGAGGCGCAGCACCGCAUCCGAAAGUCUGUGGAGGCCGCCGUGGACAAGGCGGGCAGGGGGCUGUCCGACUGGAGGCACGCGCAGGCCAAAAGCAAGAAGGCGAGCUUCGCGGCUGCCCGUGAGAACGAGAGGCUCCAGGACAGCCACCUGGAGUCUGGACCGACGCAGCACCAGCCGCUGCACGCCCGACUCGGCCACCAGCUGUCCGACAAGGAGACCGCCAAGCUGCAGCAGAAGCGCCGCAAGGCGGAGGAGUGCGUGAAGCGCGCCGACGUGGAGUACUGGGGGUGCUGCGUGCGCGCCGAGCGGUCGCGGCUGGAGUGGGAGGCGGCGGUGAGCAGAGGCGGCCGCUGCCUGCGGGCGCUGGACCAGGACCGGCUGGAGGCCGCCGCAGGGCUCGCCUCCAGGCACCUCGCCCUGCUGGACCAGCUGGCGCCCCGGCUGCUCCAGAGCGUAGCGCGACUUCGUGAGCCGGUGGAGGCGAUGGACGUGCAGCGCGACCUGCGCACGGCGGCGGCACUGCAAGGCGCGGGGAACCCCCUCCCGGAGCAGCUGCUGCCAGACUUCUACGCCGAGCACGUCACCCUCGCCAUGAACCGGGACCGCCGCAAGCAGGCGCUGGUGAAGCUGCUGCAGCUGAUCCGGCAGGACCUGGAGCGCGAGCGGCGGGGCAAGCAGGGCGUCGAGCAGCUGGCCAGGGCACUCAAGGCCUCCGCCUCUGACUCGGGGACCGGAGCCGGGGGCGGCGGGUCACCGGGGGCGGCGGACUCCGGGGGCGAGAGUGUCGCCGAUAAGCUGCACCACGCACGUUCCAUGCUGGCGUACCUGGAGGCUGCACGCUUCAAAGUCCAGAGCGCACUUCUGGAGCUGGAAGGCCGGCCAAGAGCGGCACAUCCGCUGGCUCCGCACAUCUCUGUCUCCCGGGACCGCGCUGGCAUGCAGCACAGUGUGCUCAAGGUGCCAACGUGGGUACGAGACGAGUCAGUGGAGCUGCUGGCAGGCAGUGGCAGCGACUGGCCGGGUAGCGUCGCCGUCAGUGUCGUCAACGGCUGCGACGACCGCGGCGCCGGAGACGGCAACUCCGUGAGGCCCGCGGACAGCGACUUUGACGAGUUCUCGAGUCAGGGCAGUGACGAAAGAGACUACGAAUGCGGCCUGGAGUCUGAAGACCCGGGCAUCACCAACGGUGUCAGCAACGGGGGUAUCGGAGGUGGCGGUGGCGGUGGCGGGGGUGCGGGGAAGUGCCGCGCCCUGUACGACUACGCCGCCAAACUCUACGACGAACUCAACCUGGCUCCGGGUGAUGUGAUACGCAUCCACAGCAAACAAGCAGACGGCUGGUGGCUGGGGGAGCUCAACGGAGUCGUCGGCAUCUUCCCUGCCACCUACGUCGAGGAGAUCGAGUAGCAGCACACCUCGACCUUCCUUCUGCGCAGUCGGCAUCCGGAGCAGGUCACAUCCAGUCACCUCUGUCACCUACCACAUGUAUCAGGAUGGCUGAAGCCUGUGACACACAAACAGUAAUAGGGGACAUUGUGCCCCAUUUGACAACACUGUGGCUGUUUUUGGUGCCCCAUUUGACACAACUGAAGAGUAAGAGCCUUUUGCCCCAUUUGGCAACCACUGUAACUGAAGUGACUUUAUCCCAUUUGACAGCCACUGUAAAUACAAUGUGGUCUGCCCUGUUUGACACAAUUGUGAGGGAUUACUUCUGUGCCUUGUUUAAUGCUAAACUUACACCAAGCAUAAGCGAGUUGAUACUGUGUGCACCGAGACAUCCUGCUACACAACACAUGAUGCCACCAGCACUUGAGUCAACAUUAUCUACUACCUCCAAUAUAUAUUGUCUUCCACUCUGCAUUUGUUUACAUUCACUGCCUCAUAUCACAUCAUGAACUGCUGAGAGCUGCAUUUAGCUUCUUAAAGGCAGUGACUGAUGUAGUGUGUGACUGCAUAUUUGGAUCUGAGUUUCAAUGCGUAGGCAGAAAAAGUUACAGUGCUGUAGAUGAAGUGUUAGAAAUAAACACUGAAUGGAAACAGUACUUUAAGGAGGACAAUGGAAUGAAACUUGUGAGGAGCAACAGAGUUUGUAUGAUUCAAAGUCUGUGUAAUUCUACAACAGCAAUUCAUUUCCCUUGUUAUGUAACAAAACUUACUCAUGUACCACAUGAUGCAGUGGUAACUCUAAAUUUAAGGAUUUGAAACAAGUUCACAGUGUGAACCUUGGAAGAUUUUGGCACCUGACAUUUAUUCGCAAUGUCAGAAACAAUAAUGGAAUAUUGUUGACUGUUGACAUCUGUUAUUAAAAUAUGCAUUUUUGUGGGGUCAAUAAAACUGCCAUAUUUCAUGUUUUGCUUCUUGUUUUCAGCAUCAGAAUGAAUAAUGCAAUUUCUCUGUUGUAAACUAGGAUCUGGAAUGCUUUGCAUGGAUUAAACAUAACACAGAUUUCAGGGCAUUAUUUUGCUUUUAUUCUUCUCUUAAGUAUUUUGAUCAGAUUAAUGCAAUGUCCUAUUUUUCUAAAUACUAACACACCUUCUCCAUCCCUCCAUCUUCACUAAUAUAUCACAUAUUCCAGUCUUUGCAAUCUUUUACAAGCUUCCCCUGUAAUUCCCCAUUGUUUCUGCACAAUUAUUCUUUCUGCUGCUGUAUGUGCACACUCAAACUUUUCGCUUCAUCUGUGCAUCCAGUUCUAACUUUCUGAAAAGGAUCAAAAAACCCAUUCUUUUUACUUGUUUUGCACAGGCCCAUUUCCUUUCCUGUUUGUCAUAAUUUUUGUUUCAUAUUUCAAUUGUUAACUUUGCAGCACUUGUUUUGAUGUUGCAUUUUCUACAAUUUUGGUAUCAGGAAGUGAUGUUCUGUGGAUAAACUCUUCUAACAGUAUAUGUCUCAGUUGAGAUUUUUAGAGCCUUUCAUUUCCCACUAAGUUCACAGUUGGGUCUGACACGAAUUUCAGUAUAUGUUAAGAAGAGGUCCAAGUAAUGCAAUGUAGAAAAUUCAGAGUGAAAAUAUAUCACGAACAAACUCAGUUGACAACUGAGUUACUAAUGCAUGAUCUGUCAAUCUAAGUGCUUGAAAGAAAUAUGGAUACCCAUGCAUUUAAUGCCAUGCUUUCUAGUUAGAUACAAAAAGACCUCUAGAAAAAUUGCUUACUACCAAUGCCUGUUUGACAUAAUAAUGUGUACCAGACCAAAUACAGCAUCUAAAAAUACAAAUUUCAUAAUUUAAAAUGGCCUAAAAAUACCUUUAAAUAAUGUUAAUUUUCAAACAGGAAUUCAAUGAGGCAAAAGUUAAUAUUAAAAUGACUGUAUCUAUAAGGCAUUGCUGUUCAUCGGGAAACAUGACAUGCUUGCUGUGGAAAUACUAUAGUCAGUGUGUGAUGGGUUCAUUUACAUCCAUGUAAAUGUUGAGACACCAUUGCAGCUGAAAAGUCUAAUUUGCUGGACAUUUAAGUCGCCAUAAGACUGUAAUGGCACAAUUUGUGAGCCAGUGUGGUCGUAAAUCUCUGCCAUGCCACUUAUAUACAAUUGUUGUACUCAGAUUAUCUUGGUCAAACAGGCUUAUUAAAAACAUUAUUUUGGGUAUCUGAGAAUGAAAUGGAAUGUUGGCUGAGUCUCAUGUAUUUCAUUUAUGGUAUUUCUCAAAACACUCGGAUCUACUAACACCAAACUCAGUUCUGUUUAAAAGCAACACAGCUAUGUUUAUGUAUUUAUUGACUAUGUUGGUUGUUGGGAAAUAAGUUGUUUUGACAUUGUGUACAUUAUGUGUAUUGUUUCUGAAUUGUUUCAGCAUUUUUAUGUGUACCAGGCACAUAGUUUAUGAAUUGUUUAACUAGGACUUGUGUGAUACAAAGAAUACAAAUUACUAAUUGUAUAUCUGCAAUUGUUGUAAUGUUAAAUACAUGUUUGAAAUUGUUGCUAAAUGGGAAUACAGUUGCUAGAUAGAGGUGUGUGGUUUAUUUUGUGCACCACUCUACAGCAUGCCAAAAUGGACAGUUUUGUGUCUGCUGAAGAAAAUAAGAAAGGGCUCUGAAUAUUUGGUCACUGAAUCUAAGUAAUCACUUAGGAGGUGAUUCAAAUAACGAUAUUUUCAUCCACAGUAUGUCUUCCAUUUCUGUCUAUCUAUCACUGGAAUGUCAAAUUACAAGUAAAAAGAAAGUAAAGCUAAUUUACAUGGAUUGUGAAAUAUUGACUUUGUUCAGCUAUUUUAAGGUGGUGUCACCUACAGUAAACAUGUUGCUAGGAAAAAAAGUUUAUUUUUAAGAAUAAAUAAAACAGGUGUGUGAGUGUGAGUGAAUGAAUGAGAGAAAGGAGAAAGAAGAUAAUUAUCAAACUGUUAAAUAAUUGUAAUUUAAUGCCUUGUAACAUUAACUGAGUAAAACCAAAGCUAAUUUGUAUAUAAAAGUGGGGAAAAUGAGGCUGUUUCAAGAAUCAUUGAUUAAAUGUCAUAUUUUUCUGUCUGGCACGAGUCCAAAAUUCCAUUUGUGACUCCAUUGCCACAAAGUUGCAAAAAUGCCAUGAACUGCUAAUUUCAUGUGUGCAUGUUUUCUUUUCAUGUACUAUGUUUGGCUAGAUCAGACUAAGUAUGUCAAGAAAAAAAAUAUCUAAACAAUCAAAAUUUUGUAUACCUACUGUAAAUCUUUCUAAGCAAUAAGGAAUGGCUAUUGUUAAUAUAAACCUGUUUAAAAUAUUUUAUGUAAUAUUCAUUAACAACCUCAGUGAUGCACAGAAAUUUUAUUUUCUUGUUUUGUAGCUGAGUGUUGUACAUGUCUGGAUUGUGUAAUGCAUGUUUAAUGUAUGUGUAUCUUGUAAUGUGCUGAUAUCAUCACAGAAGUGUAUUUUACAGCCAUAUACCAAAAACAUUAUUUUUAUGUACUCUAAAAGUUGUCAUGUAUAAAAUAAACCAUUGUACCAUGUAA